GCUCUUAUGUGCGCAGGCGCAUUGAAGCAGUGCGAGAAAAUGGCAGACGUCUCUUUGGAUGAAGUAAUACGACAGCGCGGUAUUAACCUCAAGGCUCCAGCUAAAAGACCGAUGUUUGGACGGGGGGCAGGGGGGGCCGGGGGGGCCGGGAAGGCCUUCGAUGCCCGGCAGAGGAUAGGAGCCAACGACGUGAGGCAGAGGCUCGGAGGAGCAGGAGGAAGUGGAGGAGCAGGGUUUCAAGUGAAGGAUGCCAGAGAGAUGCUGGGCCAGAAAGACGCCCGCUUCAAAAUCCGAGGCAAAGGAGGACCAGGAGGAGGAGGACCAGGGGGAGGAGGAGGAGGAGGAAUGAAGGACGCUCGUCAGAUGAUCAACUCACGCAAAGAGGGGCAGAUCCAGUUCAGCGUCCCUGUUCAGACCACGCAAAAGACAGCAGUUACACACCAGCUACAGAGUCACACACACGUGCCACAGAUACAGAUACACGCCAACAACCACCUCUCGGGUGUGAAUCUGAGGCAACUCACCCGUAAUGUACAAGGACUGAAUGUGAGGGGCGCAGCAGGAGCGCCGCAGCUGGGGAACAAUAAGAGAGUGAUGGACGCUCGUGAUAGGCUGAGCCUGAAGAGGAGCAUCGGAGGGACACAGACGCCGGGGAUGACGGCACCGCCCCUUAAAAUAACAAAGACCAUUCAGCAGCGACCGAUGGGGAUGUCUGGAGGAAUACGUACAGCUCCACAGCCCAUCUCAAACGAGCACGAUGGACUCUCCAGUAAACAGUCCGGUGCAUUGGGCUCCACAUUCUCCAUGUCCGCUCCGAUCACCAAGGUGGUGAAAAACGACGCGUACACAGCUCCACGUCCUCCCGUCCCCGUGGCUCCCACCCGGCCUAACACCAGCGCGGCUGCGGCCCGGUCCUCAGCUGCAGCCUUACAGCCCGUCUCCAGGACUCUGCAGCAGAGCACAGCGGGGCCCAGCACGCCAGCUCCGGCUCCCCCGCAGCCUGCGUUCAGCCCGCUGGAGGGGACAAAAAUAACGGUGAACAACCUGCACCCCCGGGUCACUGAGGAGGACAUCGUUGAGCUGUUCUGUGUGUGCGGGGCGUUGAAGCGAGCUCGGCUGGUGAAGCUGGGCAUGGCGGAGGUCGUGUUUGUACGUAAAGAGGACGCAGUGAGCGCGUACAGGAAGUACAACAACCGCUGCCUUGACGGUCAGCCAAUGAAGUGUAACCUUCAUAUUCAGGGAAACGUCAUCACUUCGGAUCAGCCCAUAUUACUGAGGCUCAGCGACACUCCAGGCACAGGCAGCGGUUCAAAGAAAGACGGUCUGCCCCCCUCCUUGUCUCGCCCCGCCGGUCAGCGAGCCUCCUCUCAGCCCACCCCCGAGGUGGACCCCCAGACCAUCCUCAAAGCCCUGUUCAAGUCCACCGCACAGUCCAGCUCCACCACCGAGCCGCCCAGCUCACAGGCCACCGCCUUCCGCAUCAAGAUAUAGCUCCCGUCUCGUGCGUUCAUAAACAUGUUACUGCAUUCUCAGUGUUCACAUACAAACCUUGAUUUCACAGAAGGCAGCCGCGUCGUCUCAUUCUCAACACAUUUUUACACGUUUGAUGGUAAAAUUCAUAAAAGGCAAACCUCUUGAUUUUUGUUUUUUUGGGGGUUUUUUGAAAAGUCAAAUUGUUCCUGAGACCAGUGAAGGUUAUUUUAAUGUGGUGGGGGAAACCAAAUGAAGCGGGCGCUUUCUUUAAGCUUCCUUUAAACUUGUUGUUUGAGUCGAUGGCGGCUGAUGAUGAGAAUUAAAUACUCAGUUUGAAUAGAAACAUUAACGCGUCCCUUCAAAGGAGAAGGGGAAACUUAGACACUCAUAUUUAAAGCCCUGAGCCUCCACACUGGUGUGUUCAGGUGUAGCUGUGGAUUCUCUGGCUGCACACAGACCAUAGAAACAUGAUACAGUAGAUGUAUGCAGUACGUAUGUGGUGGGAGAGCUCACCUCCAGAGCUCACCUGAAACACUGGUGUGAUUAAAUCAGGGACGGGACACAUGGACACCUUCUUUUCAGUGAACCAGCUGACAAACUAUCCAAUAAUGAUUUCUUACCUAAUCUGGUUUUCUGUGCUCUCUGUUUGUGACUGGUUUUACUUUGAGUCCAGGUUUUAAGCCGUACAUGUUGAAUCUUUCCUACAUUUAUUGUUCAGGACUGUAAAUGGCUUUCUCGGUCUGUCAGUGAAGAAGGAAGAAGAGCGAUCUGUCUGUGAAACGUGUCAUUAAACAUUUAGCUUUGUAA